CGAACAUGACAAUUUGCAGCGCGGUCCUGCCAAACACAAUCAUUCUGACCUCAUCCACAACAGCACCACGCUGCUCAUCCAUCCAUCUACCGCCCACAUCACCCACCAUUAUGUUCGCCCGAAGCGUUGACGAGGUGGAGGCUGUUGACUAUGCGACCCUGUGUCCCAAGGACCCCACCAAGGAGGCCAUCGAUGGCUACGUUCAGGGCUUCAAAGCAGCGCUGAAGGACAGGCCGGAGAUUACAGACGAGUUUAGAGAAGAAGCCCGCGCACCCACCAUUGCAACCAUCAUGCGGUUUGUUCGGGCGCGAAAGUAUGACGUCGAGGCCGCUGUGCAGCAGUUUGUUGAUGCGGAAGUAUGGUAUCAUGAGAACGACGUCGCUUCGGCCCUGGACACUGAUCCAGACGAGGAGGUGUAUCAAGCUUUCUGCCCUGUUGCCCCCGAAGGCUUUGACAAACACGGCAGGCCAAUCUACUGGGAGCGCACGGGCGAGAUUCGCUUGCCAAAGGUGCUGAAGCUGUUGACAGAGGAGAAGCUUGUUCGCCGCCACGUCCGACAGCAAGAAAACGCCGUCCGCCGUAUGCAAGUGCCAGCACCGCCGGCGUGCCGCGUGCGAGGAUGUUUGGCCGCGGAAUCUUGA